UCAAAUGGCAAGUGUAUGUUUUUAAACUUGGGAUUUAUUUGCAUCAAGAUCACAAGUUUAGAGACGGAGUUACUCAAAGCACAGAUGAAUAAAACUGAAGCCAGCAUGAAAGAUCAAGAAACAACUAAAAAAGUGCAAGAUUUCCAAGAGAUGCUGAAAAGUCACCAGGAGAAGGUUGAAGUACUUGAAAGUAAAUUAUCAGAGGAGAGAGAUUGGAGAAAGCAACUUGCAUCUGACCUUGAAAAGACACAGAAAGCUUUGAAGGCUGAAAAAAAGGAAUUACAUAAUUCAAAAUCAGAGCUUGUGAGUCUUUAUAAUGAGCUCCAGAAUCUCCGAGGUGCAGCAGAAGAAAGAGAUUUCCUUAAUGUAACCCAUGAGAAAUUACAGGAAGAAAAUACUUUAUUGGAAACAAAGGUCUUGAAGCUCUCACAGGAAUGUGAACAGUUAAACCAGCUUGUAGUGAAACAGAAAAUAGAUGAAAACUUUACAACACGUGAAACAACAUAUAAAGAGCUUAUGACUAAAGCAAGAAUAUUGGAAGAACAGAUCCAAAUUCUGGGAGGGGAGAGAGAGCAAUUACGUACCAAGCUAUUCGAGAGCAACAAGAAAACCGAGGAGUUAGAAAAGGAGGUGAAGGGGAGCAAUGAAGAAAAACAACUGUUACUGGAAGAAAAUGCCCAGCUAAGACAAGACAUACUGGCUACAAGGGAAGAAUUUCACAGCAAGAUAGAAGAGGCUGUAAGCAUUAAAUCUGAGAUGAGCCAAGAGAACCAGCUUCUCAAACCCCAGAGCUCUGAAUGUAACACAGCAUUAAACAUGAGCAUCAAACAGUAUUUGUCUGGAGAGAGACUCCUGCAGCAGCAUCAGGAGGAAAUGCAACAAUUGCGACAGGAUUUCCACAGAGUUCAGAAUUUGUGCAGCUCGGCUGAGAAAGAGCUGAGAUAUGAAAGGGAGAAAAACUUGGAUUUAAAGAAGCAUAAUAUCUUGCUCCAGCAAGAAAGCACCAAGGUCAAAGCUGAACUGAGACAAGUGCAGUUGAAGUUAACCGACUCAACAAAAAUGUGCUCCUCUCUCACAGUGCAAUGGGAGCACAGUCAACAGAAGGUCAAAGAACUUGAACUAGAGCUGCUGAAGCACUCCCAGAGUAGUAAACUGGAGAGCAGUCUGCAGGAGAAACUUGCACUGGAGAAAUCUAGGGCUACUGAUGCAGAGAAAAAGGUUUUGGAGCUACAGCAAAAACUGAAGGAGUCCCAUCACCAGCUUCGCCUAACUGAGAUCCACGUUUUGGGCAGGAAGCAAAUGGAGGAGGAGUUAAAGGAGGCCCAAGAAAGGGAAACUCAGCUGUGGCGACAGCUCCAGGAAGAGCAGCGGAAAAGGAAGCUCCUGGAUCAGCAUGCAGAGGAGCUGCAGCAACAGCUCAGACACUCACACGGGACUGAGACUUUGCUGGCCAAGACUCACGCUGAGCUGCAGGUCAGGUUUCAGCAGCAGGAGGCACAACUGCAUAUAUUAGAGGAUGAAAAAAAAACAGCAUCAGAUGAGCAUCUCCAUUGUCAAAAAGCCAAUCAGAACCUUUCAGAGCAGCUGUCACUGUUGCAGCAGGAGAAGGAAACCCUCCAUGAGGAAUAUGAUUGUCUCCUGAAGCAGCUCGAUAUCUAUGUCAGGAAACACAACGAGCGACAAGUUCGCCGUAAAGCCAAGCUCCGCAGAGCGAAGGAGACGUUUGUUCAUGAAGUGAAGCAAAGAGAUGUGAGGAUUAAACAACUUGAAAGUGAAAUUGCGCUGUCCAGGAGCCAGGCAGGAAAGCAACAUGCAUUGAUCAAACAGAUCACCAUGGAGAAUGAGAAUUUGCUCCAAGAGAAAAGAGAACUCUUACAGCAGCUUAAUGAACAGGAAGAAGUUGGACAGAACAACAAAUGGAUCAUUUCCACAAUCCAGAACAGAGUGCAGUUCCUGGAUGAAGAAAACAAGCGACUCCAGGAAAGCACCCUGCAGCUUUCCAGUCAUGUUGGCAUUCUGGAACGUACUCUGAGGAACAUCCAGACCCAUAGCUUAGAGGACUUCGGGAGCAUUGGCUUCUCUGAAUGCCAGCUGCUAAGUAAGAUGUUGCCAUGUCCAAGCACAAGCUUCUCAGCGACAGGGCUGCCAAACUCCCUUGGCAUUCUGAGAGCCAUCCAAGAUGUCAAGCCUGAAGAAGGAACCAAGACCCCAAAGUCCCUGUUUUCCUUAUCACCUUCUCAGCCUUCUCAGAGUGGUUAUUUAAAUGUGGCUUCACCUGGAGACUGCACAAACUUUCCAGUGCAGCCCCAGAGUCCCAGCUUCAGCUGCAAUAGUGUCUAAGAGGGACUCCAAGGAGCUGCUCUGAUUGGGACUGUGGCUGUGGGCUUCCUGCUGCAGUGGGCCACACAUCCAGCCGGAUCAGUAUGUGUCCAAUAACUCGUUCAAUGAAUUUUGUGAUUUUUCUCAGCUGUUAUUUGACAGCUGUUGUGUCAAUCACUUGCCCAGCUCUAGCGUCUCAUCCCAGAUCGCCCUGGAAUUUUUACAUU